AUGACAUUACUAUCUAAGAAACAUAUUGAUUAUGUGGUUAAUCUUAAUUCUGAAAUGUCGAAACAAUCAUAUGAACAUUGGUUGUCAGAGCAUUUGAGAAUGAAUGGGUUAUAUUGGGGAAUCAUGACAUUGGUGACAUUAAAAUCGCUUGAUUCAUUACCUCGACAAUCGAUAAUAGAUUUCGUUUUAUCUUGUGUUGAUAAGAGGUCAGGAGGUUUUGGGGCUUAUCCUCAACAUGAUGGACAUAUUUUAAGUACAUUAUCUGCUGUUCAAAUAUUAAGUAUUUUAGGGGCAUUGGAUGAAUUAGAUAAAGAAUCAGUAAUCAAAUUCACUAAAAAUUUACAAUUACCUAAUGGAUCAUUUCAAGGAGAUUCAUUUGGAGAAACUGAUACAAGAUUUGUAUAUACAGCAUUAAGCAUAUUAUCGAUAUUAGAAGGGUUGGAAGAAGAAUUGGUCAAUAAAAGUUUGGAUUAUUUAAAACAAUGUGAAAACUUUGAUGGAGCAUAUGGAAUGAGACCAGGAGCUGAAAGCCAUGGUGCUCAAGUAUUCACUGUGAUUGCAUCCUUUGCCAUUUGUAAUCGGUUGGAUUUGGUCAAUGACAAGUUGAGUAGUUGGUUAAGUGAAAGACAAGUUAAAAAUGGAGGAUUAAAUGGAAGACCAGAGAAAUUACCUGAUGUUUGUUAUAGUUGGUGGAUUUUAUCUCCAUUGGCAAUAUUAAAGAAACUCAAAUGGAUCGACUUAUCCAAACUUGAACAAUUCAUACUUGAUUGUCAGGACGAUGAAGGUGGAGUAAGUGAUAGAAAAGGUAAUCAAACUGAUGUUUAUCAUACGUGUUUCAGUUUAACAGGAUUAAGUAUAAUUAAUGAUGAACUCUAUGAAGGUAACAAAUAUGACAUGGAUUCAAUCGACCCUGUAUAUUGCAUGCCAUAUAGUGCUACCAAAACCUUCAAACCUUGGCCAUAUAAAUCAUAA